UAAAGUAACAUGGUAUUUUCAUCGGGUUUGAAUUACAAAUAAGUCGGGCUCAAAAAUUCUACUUUCGAUUUUCAACGUAAUUUUUUUUUUUUACAAAAAUGAAAAUCGACAAAAUGUUACAAAACUUGUAACACUAGGAGACAUCAAAAGAAACCAUGUCUAUUUUUUAAGGUUAUAGACCUUUAUUUAUUUUUUUUUUAGUUCUUCUCAGUUUCGCGGUAUAGGUGGCCCUCGGCAAUGUUGUAAAGCUGCCAAAAUAACGGGAGGAUGGGGUGAUGCCACUGAGGGCUGACAGGUCGAGCUUGAUUUGAAGUCCUAUUCUCGAUUCUUUGGGACAAUGGAUAAGCAGAAAGACUUCUAUUUUGACGAAAAUUUACUUUAAAAUCAAAUCAAAUGUAAAUUGAAAACAAGAGAACCCAAGAAAGAUGAGUCCUGGAUUGUUUAUUGUGUGUCUAGUUUCAGCAUUGAUCUGGAAAUCUGUACUAAGUGGACAUGACUGCGUUCAUCGUCCGCCCACGCCCGAGGAGGUUGUUUAUGAUGUGAAGAUAGACAACCACUGGAAUGUGACAAAAAGAAGCAUACAUCAGCAACUCAGAAUCAAAACCAUCAUUGACAGCAGUAUUAGAAAACUCCCAUACUCUCACCAGGAUUUGAUCAAUAAACUUGUACAAGAAGCUGUUCAAUAUUGGGAGAAUACCCUAAAAGUCAAACGUUCAUCAGCAAGUGCCAUCCGCCUUAACAGGCAGUGUGUCAACAAUAUGGUUGUCUAUGAUAAAGGUGACCGUUACUGUGUAGAUUUCUGUUCUCCAAAUACAACAUGUGGAGAUUUUCUAAUUCCAGAGGAUCAUUUAGAGAGAUGUUACUAUCAUGACCAGCGUACUGGUGCACUUCGCAGCUCGGGACAGGCGGGAGCAGGAGUCGCGAAUGCUGAUUUUAUUCUGUAUGUGGCAGCUUUACCCUCCUAUAAAUGUCAACAGGCCAAAACAAUCGCUUACGCUGCUCAUUGCCAACAGGAGAUUGUGCAAGACAGACCUGUAGCUGGUUACAUCAGUAUAUGUCCUGACUCUGUGUCAACUCGCACACAUGACCGAACUCAGCUCCUGUCCACGAUGAAACAUGAAAUCUUGCAUGCUUUGGGCUUCUCUGCUGGGCUGUAUGCUUUCUUCCGUGACCCAUUUGGAAACCCCUUAACACCUAGAGACCCAUCUAGUAAUAAACCUUUCUACAAAGACCCAAGAUCUAAAUUCUACCUGUGGAGUGAUCGUGUGAUGAAGGAGGUGAUCAGAUAUGGCUGGAAAACGGCAGGAGGAAAGAUAAUGAGAAGGGUCAAUAUGAUUGUGACCCCAGCAGUCCAGAGAGAAGCUAGACGUCACUUUAACUGUCCUACGUUAGAGGGAGCAGAGGUAGAAAAUCAAGGGAUAUAUGGAACCUCCAUCACUCACUGGGAGAAACGCUUGUUUGAGAACGAGGUGAUGACCGGCACUUACACACAGAAUCCAGUGGUUUCCAGGGUAACACUGGCUCUGAUGGAGGAUACUGGGUGGUACCAAGUGAACUAUAAUACUGCAGAGGAAUUGGAGUGGGGUAAAAACCUGGGGUGUGAUUUUGUGACCAAGAGUUGCAUGGACUGGAUGGAUUCACACAAGCCUCCGUUGCUAGACAUGCAUCCCUACUGUAAGCAGAUCAGACAGGGGAUGCUGAGGACAGACUGUACACGGAAUAGGAAAGCUGUGGCCUUCUGUAACCUAGCAGUGUACUCGGGACCCUUAGCCCCAGAAUAUCAGUAUUUCACCUCCUCAUCAGGAGUGCAGUGGUCGGGGGACUACAGACGUCUGGGGGGAGCUGUCGAGCUGGCCGAUUACUGCCCAUACCUACAGGAGUUUAUUUGGAAUGAGAAUGGUGUAAAUACAAGAGAUUCCAGAUGUUUUCUGCCAGGGAACAUCCCUAAACCCUCUCAGAACUUUUAUGGAGAAUCGUACGGUCCCAGCUCUAUCUGUGUCAAUCAUGGACCUUCUUUGUGGAAUCUGCAGCAUUGUAACCGCUUGAUCCACACCACACAUGCGGGAAGUGGCUGUUACCAGUAUGAGUGUAGUAACACUGCUGGUCUAGUGUUAUCUGUACAAGGAAUGAGUUACCAAUGUCUACAGACAGGACAGAGGAUCCGAGUACGAUUUGUCUCCAAGUACUUCCUCCACAAUGGAUACAUUGUAUGUCCACAUUGUCCAGAUGUUUGUCAGGAGAGAGGAGUUCUUUGUCCUAAACAAGUAGUGCCCUAUGACAUAGUCAAUAACAAUGUACCAGAUCUAUAUAUCCCUUGUGGUGCCAAAUCUUAUCUCCAUCGAUCUAGUAUAAGUUUCAUCAUCAUUAUUUUAAUAAAUAUGCUGUGGUUACCUUUAUCACAGAUGGCAAUGUAAAUAUAGGAUAGUACAAUCUCCUCUCUUCCUGGCUUACAUAUCACUAUCAUGAGUGUGAUUUGGCUGCAUUUGUGGAAUGAUAACAAGGUCUUUAAGUUGAUUUGUGUAUACACGUACAUGUGUUACAUUUAAACUAAUUACAGUUGUAGACUGUAUGAGUUUUACCUAUUGUCGUCAAGAUAAAUGCAUUUUUUUUAAUUUUCUUUCAUACACAUGUAACUUCAUUUUUAUCAUGCUUCUGUAGAUAACAAAUGCCGGUUUUGUGUUCAGUGCACAGAUAUUCAGGGAUUGUGAUCUGAUUUACAACAACAUUGAUGAAUUUUGUCAUUUUAGGGUUGUUUUUCAUACUGCAUGUAUUUGAUUUAUUUUAAAAACAUUUACCUCCUUUAAAUUAGAUAAAUUUAAGAUAAAUGGACAAGAUACACGUAUAUUGUUAAUCAAAUUUGAUUUACGUACAUGAGUUUCAAAAUUUUCAACUUUCACACUUCGAACAGAAUUGCAAAGAGAUAUAUGUACUCAUAAUACCGAUCGAUUCACAGAAAAAUGAAGGGAAAAAUAGAAAAGUUAGACUGUGAAUAUAUCAGUACACUUAAUUGUUUGCAAACAAAUGAAAGGUUGGAAGAAUCUACUAGUAUUUAAAAGUAUUAAUUAGAAGAUCAAACAAUUUUUGUCUCUGCAGUUGAAGUGUUUUUAGUGCAUUCUGUGCUCAUUUAUAUAAAUGUUUAUUACCUAUUUGUAACCACUUUUACCCUUUUUAUAUUGAAAAUGUGUGAAUACAUGUAAUUUUAUAUGCUUCCACAAUUAUACUUUCAUGCAUGUGCAAUGGUUUUAUAUUUAUCCAGCAUGUAUUAGUUGACUUUUUAAAACUUGUAACAAUUGUUAUUCACAUAUUUACAAGCUGUAAGUAAGGAAUGAAGUUUGAGGAUGAGGAAGAAAAGGACCAAACUUACCGGUUAAUGAUUUAUCAAGGAUGGAAACCAAGAACUUUAAAUGAUGUCUAAAAAAAUCAAAAAAUGUUUUUCUUUCUGAGUUUUAUUUUUAUAGAAUUUAUCUUUGUUCAUUAUUAAAGAUGUGUUGAUAAAAUUCAAAAAAUAUGUAUUUAAUUAACAUCUUACUUGGUAUACAGCAUGCUGUUGAUUAUAAAAACAAACUUGUUUUUUCAUCCUUUUUGAAUCCAAAAUAUUCUGAACUUUUUUUUUAAUACCUUUUUCUUGAUUUUUUUUAUCGGUACUAUUUUUCUAAAGCAGAAAAAGCAUAUAAGUAUGUCUGUUUCACAGGUGUAUUGCUUGAAGUUGUGCUGCAAAUAUAUGUGUCAAAUGAUCAGUACAAAGUUAUUGUUACAGAUAGUUUGGAAAGAAUAAGUGUGCAAUUGACCUUCCCAAUAAAAAAAAUAUCAGUGAAGAAAAUAUAAGCAGUUUCUCUGGACGGUGACAAAAUUGUGAUAAAAAUGGAGCAUUUUUCAUUCCAGUGUCUUUUGUGUCCAUUUUAGAUUUCUGAGUAUUAUUACUUUAUUCAGGAUUUUUUUGUUAUUUUUAAAUAUUUUAUUUUGGAAUAUUACAGUGUAGAUAUUUUAAUUACAUGUACUUUAUUUUAGAAUGGGGUGAUACAUGUGAUGUUUUAAUUGAGAUAUGUAGAUUCUUGUGUGUAAUGUUUGAUUUUAGUCCAAUGUUGUGCCAUUUUUGUACAUAGUAUUUGCAUGUAUUUAUACUAGUCUUAUUUUUCUACCAGUACAUGUACCAAUGUUCAAUUUAUAAUGAUAAUGAAGCCAGUAGUUAACGAUUAUACCAAAUAUUAGUCUUUUUCAAAGUUAUGAUAAUACAUGUAUCAUUAAUGUACUUUUCAGUUUUAUUGAUAUUUUAUUGUUUCGGGUUCUUUUAUACAGUAAAUCUCGCUUACAACCAAAUGCCAGUCCUUCAUUGUAAAUGUAAGCCGUUGUAUCUGUUAGUUUAAAACUCUAAGGGAAUGAAAUCACUUUGCUCUAAGUGUCAAAUCAUUACAAGCAUGUUAUACUUUAGAUGAGAGUACAAUAUGAGUUAUACAUACUAGGAAGUAUAUACCGGUAUGAUGGUUCAUUUUAUAAAGAAUCAUUUCUUUUUUUUUCCCUUAAAGCUUUCAGUACUCUUUAAUGGCUUCAAAGUAAAUUCAAAGCUUCUUCAAAUUGAUUUUCCAGAAGAAAUGAAAACUGCUAUAGAUUUACUGUUGCAUUCCAUUUAUUUAUCAGAGAAAAUGAUCUCUCGACUUUGCAUAAUAAUUUAUAAAGAAUUUAAUGCAUCUGAUUAAUGACACAUUUAUUUUACCUGUUACACUCGCAUGUUCAUGUAGUUGAUCUGUUAUAAAAUUCAGCACACAAGUGUUAGUUGUUUUAUUAUAGAAAAAAUUAAUAACUAUUGAAUAUUCAGAAAACAAUUAUUUAGAAGCAGUUAAGAUGUGAUGAAAUGUAUUAAUUGUUGCAUUAUUAUGAUGAGCUUUGUUCUUAAAAUACAGAUUGUAAGUGUGUUUCUAAAACAGUAAGUGAAUUAAUUUUAUAUUUGCUUGGAUAUAUGUAUAAUAUCAAAAGAAACUGGAAUGCAUUAAUAGAUGUGAAGGUUGUAUUUAUUUGUCAAUUUGUUAACGAAAUAAAGAUAUUUUUCUAUCUUA